AGAAGCAAGGAUGGCUGAGAUGAUAGAUAGAGCUCUGAGGCUGGAGGGGUUGUUACCGCCUGAUCGAACCCCAUACAUGCCUGAACAGAGUUUUCCAAGGGAAAAGAGGGCUGCUGUUGUCCCUAGCAACCCUGAUGCAAUGAGUGCACAGACGUCUAAUGUGGAGCAUCCACCAGCAUUUGAAUCUGCAGUGGAUUGGUGCAAGCGACACCUGGCAGGAUUGGACCAAGCUAAAGUGGAAGCGAAACCAACCUUUGAUAAAAAGAGAGAUCUGCCAAAUGUCCAUGCCUGGGAGAGGGAUGUUGUUGCCCCUGGCAACGCUGCUGCAGUUAAACCAGCAGCUGUUGUGAAAGUGACACAGCUUGAGACAGGGUCCAGCAGAUGCAGUGUGGGAAACCCUGACAAGACAGCAAACCAAGUGCGCUGUUUGCGGUGCAGCGAGUGGGGGCAUGCAGUCUCCAAGUGCCCUUUGUCCCUGGCUCCAAUGCAAAGUUACCUAGCAAAACAAAGGUCUGCAAAUCCUGUGUUAUGUGCCAGAAGAGAGGCUGACCAAAAGCCAGGACAGAGAGUGGUUGCCCAUAGCAACACAGAGGAGGCCAGUCGGGCUGUCUGUGGACCAUGGGGUGUGCUUGCCUGCAAGGGUCGUGACAAGUGGCUUCCGAAGGAGCCAAUCCAGCAUGUUGGAGAGAACCAGCAAAGCUCUGCAGGGAGAGUGCGAUCUCCCAUGACAACAAGAGUGGAAGUUGUGCCUGGAGAGAGAAGCUGCAGGAGAGAUUUGCCUCAACGUCCCCACAAAGAGCCCUGUGCAUUCUUGCCAGCUGGGAAUCAUCAGGAGAGAAACGCACUGGAGAAAAGUCGUCCUGUUCCAUGUCUGGAAUGUGGCCAGCUGGGGCAUGAAAUGUUGUCUUGCCCUAGAUUCUGGGGUGCACCUGGAGGUAAUGAUGUUGAGCCAGUUUCCUGUGAAAAUAUAUUUGCCGUCACCCCUGGCAACAAGGAGGAGUUUUCUGUUGUGUCUGCAGGGGGUGCGAUUUCAUCCCGUGGCCACCAGGGGGAGUUGGCCAGUAAAUGUGUGGCUGAGGACUGUUUAAGACAACGUACUCAAAUGAAGAUGGUGACCCCAACUACUGCGGUGGGUAAGACUGUCUUUAAUGAAAUGAUGUCUGGGACUGCUGAUUGCAGGUAUAAAAGAACUGGUUACGAGACUGUCCAUGAUGAUGUGAGAGUGACCCCAGUUAGUGGGGCCACUAAAUGUGUGCUUGAAGAUUACUUCUCCCUACAAAGUGGGAAUGCAGGGGUUAAAGUCCAAACAGAACCUGUAUUGAUGACUAAAAGUGUUGUGUCUAAUGUCUGCCAGUCUCAAGUAGGCAGUGGGCUAGGACAGCCUGCAAAAACUAAAAAUGCUAUAAGUGUUAUUGUUAAUGAAAAGUUUGCUGCUGUUGGGAAAAUCCCAGGUUCUUUCAGAGCAAAAGCUGUUGUCACAAAUGGGCCGCUGCCUGUAGCAACUGAUGGUAAGACUGCACAGUUGUCCCCAGAAAUCUCCAGGGAACUUCAUGUAUUGAAGUCGGAGGUUGCCAUGGACAACUGGUAUGUCACUCUGGUGGGACAGAGUGGAACUGUACCGUGUAAUGGUAAUGUGUUAGUGCAAGCUGCUAGUACUAAAAAUGUGCAGGUAAAUGGUGGGUUAAAACAACAUGUGAAAAAUGCAAAGGUGUGUGAGGCUUAUGAAGCGCCGCCCGAGCAAGGUGGUGGUGGUUGUGGUGUAUUGCAACCUGUGGUGCUAGAACAUGUGUUACCGAAGUCUGCCAUGAUUUGUAAUUUGGGUAAUGAAUCUGCAACUAAAUCCAUCUGUUCUAAUGUGUGUCCUUGGGCGGAUGGAUCAGGGCUAAGGAGCACCGAUGAAUGGAGCACAGCUACAACAGAUUGGGAUAGUUGGGGUAAAAAUCUAAUGUCCCUGAUAGAUGAGGCUUUCAUGCAUAAAAGUAAGGUGGACAAAGUUUCUGCUGUGCCAGCAGGAGGGAUGGCAGAACAGCUUAUACCUGAGGGCGUGGUGGCUGUUGCAGGGGUUAACCCUCGUGAGAAAUAUGGACCACAUAAGGGCGAGCACACAGCAGACACUUUGUCCGCAACCUACAAAAAUGAUGCUGACGUGGCGUGUCAAAGUGAUGUUGUCAAUGGUAAUGUGAAGCAGUUCAUUGGUGCUGAACCUGAGAAGUUGAGUGUGAGUCAAGCACCUGGCAGCGCUCUGGUAGAGCACCAGGCUGUGGUCAUCUCCAGCUGGGAGAAGGUUUCAUUAAACCUUGCAACCUCUUGCGUCUCAGCAAUUGAGUCUGUCUGCAUUCCCAGUGUCAGGAAAGUCCCCAGGAAGGACUUCAAUCCGAAGCCAAGGGUAUGGUUUCUAACAAAAGUGUUAAAGGAGAUGCUUAAACUUUGGGAUGUACAGCCAGUCUAUACUGGGGUGUCUCCACCACAGUCAGACAGUCUGGUACUGCGGAGUACCAUUAGGUGGACCCCUGAGUGGCAGGUGGUACAGCACAAAGGAAGACAAGACAAAAAUGGUUUAUUUAUGACUGUAUUACUAGUGUUAAAAGUCGCCUCUAGGUAUGCUGAUGGGUUACUUCCUGUACAAGAGGUUUAUGGGAGAGGCUUUGGCGAAAAGAAAGUGUCUGAGGUUUCACCACCUAACAGCCAGGUAGAAGGCAUUUCUGCUGCUAUGGUUCAAGAUAGUACUGGUCAGUUGUCGUUGAAGGGCGUGUAUACUGUACCAGUGGUACUAUCACAUGAGAUGGGAGGGCCAAAUGUGGACCAGAAAGCAGCAGAAAUCCUAACUGUGGCCCAACCGAAGGUGGUUAAAGUGACUGGGGUCCCCAGUCCAAUGUUUGGUUUAGGUGACAAACGGAUAAGAAGUGCAGUAAAAAUUGUAUGUGGAUCAGACGAGAGCUUGUCUCUUCAGGUGGAUAAAAAUACAAAUGGCAUCAGAACAAGUCAAGUGGUAGGACAGCUGCCUGCAGAGAGGGUGAACCCCGGGGAAGUGACGUCCUCUGAGGUUCCCGUGGGUGAUGGCAACCCUCUGGUAUGUGUGCCCUCUGCAGACUCUGCCCUAGCAAAUACUGAAAAAAAAGGCAUUGGUGACUUUUGCAACAUUGAGAGGUGUAAAGUUGGUUUGAAUAUGUAUAUCAAUGAUGAACCAAAUAAUUUGUUAAAGGUACAUGACAGUGUGGUGUCCAAAGGUAUUGGGAAACCUGGGAACCUGAAGCGUGGAGGCAGAAGGGUUGGUAGAAAUACCAGGGUGGAUUACAAAGAAGUAAUAUCAAAUACUAAAGACAAUUAG